UUUGACGUGUCUCACAUCGGCUGUCGAUAUCUCCAAGCAGAAAGGCGAAACUCACCAGCGCACUUCGCCACCAAAUGACAUCAAGCAACAACACUGAGACUCUCCUGUUGACCAUCAUUUAUUUGAAACUCUUUUUCUUUGUUUUGGAGCGGGGGGAAAAAACAAGCUUUGUUUUUUAUGAAGAAUGGGCUGUGCAAUAUCCGGCUUGGCUGAAACUGCAGAAAUUGGAGAAAAAAGCACUCAUGAUGUUGGUAGAGGAGGAGGACGACAUCCCAGCCAAAACCAGAUCGACAUGAUUAAGGAGUCGUGGAAAGUUAUUAGGGAUGACAUUGCAAAAGUUGGCAUCAUAGUGUUUGUCAGGCUCUUUGAGACCCACCCCGAAUGCAAGGACGUGUUCUUCCUGUUCCGAGAUGUCGAGGACCUAGAGAGGCUGCGGACCAACCGUGAACUGAGAGCACACGGACUGCGAGUCAUGUCUUUUAUUGAGAAAAGUGUAGCCAGGUUGGACCAACUGGAGCAACUGGAGGCUCUGGCCAUGGAGCUUGGAAAAAGCCAUUACCACUACAAUGCUCCUCCCAAAUACUACAGUUAUGUCGGAGCAGAAUUCAUCAGUGCCGUGCAGCCCAUCUUGAAGGACAGAUGGACGACUGAGCUGGAGGAGGCUUGGAAGACCAUGUUCCAGUAUGUGACCCGCCUGAUGAAGAAAGGCUACGAGGACGAGGACAGACAGAACCAGGCGGCAGUCUCCCCUAAGGAAAGAGGAGACAAGCGAAAUGCAGCACUCUGAAAGGCUCACUUUGUCCUUUGAUAGCAAAAUGGACACCAACAGUGACUUUUUUAACAGCACUUUAUUAGUCAACUUAAAUUUCGCUGCAGGUCCGAUAUAGCACACUGCCCCGGACGCUCGGGAUUUCCCAUUCAGAAGUCAAACGCGCCUGACGUAGUUCGUGAUUCUGGUCGGUUGAAGUCCAUCCUGAAAUCUGCUUCCCAUUUUCUAUGAACUGAAGCUUUUGACAGAAAAUGGAGUUUGAAAAAGAAAGAAGGAACGAGUGGCAGCUUCAUAUUUCCACUGUACAUGACAUGAUUACAUGAGAAAAAAAAACUUUUGAAACACAUGAAAUGUGAUUUUAGUGAAACAUUUCAUUCCAUCUCUUCGAAAGAUAUACACACCUCCCCUUUAAAAAAAAAAAAAAAAAAAGCUCAAACAUAAAAAGUGACCGCUUUCACAAUUGUUAUUU